AUGGCUGGGAAGCAGCAAGAUGGCAAUGACUCAUUGACUUCCCACAAGGGCGACUUUCUGAAGCUCUUUUAUACGUUAGCAGAAAGUGAACGAAACGUACGUACGCAGGCAGCAUUGCAGCUCAUUUCAUACUUGCAGAGCAGUGAUAAGCAAGAGACUGAGGUGCAAUAUACACUAAAGCGGCUCGUGCGCGGUCUGGCGUCGUCACGUGAUGCUGCUCGCCAGGGUUUUAGUGCAGCACUUAGUGCUCUCCUCACUGUCUUUUCAUUACAGCUUGAUUUACAAACCACAUACGAUUUGCUAUGUGAGGCGAUGGAAGUGCACUCGUCAAUGAAACCAAUGGAACAGCGUGAACACAUGUUUGGGCGUCUAUUUGGCCUAUUAGCAUUGCACCGUUCCGGUCGCUUGCCAACUAAUUUGCCUCUUCUUGUAACAAUAAUAAAGGAAUUGCUGGAAAUGGCUACUUUUAAGCGUUGGUUCCGCGAGGCAUGUUAUGACGCGGUGCUGACGCUGCUAGUUGAUGUUCCAAUUAAGGAGUUUAUGACGGAAUUAGUCGCACCGAUUCACAAAGCUCUGGAAGUUAAGCCUGUCAAAAUUAAUAAGGAAGAUCGAAGUGAGAUCUGGAAUGCUGAUCAAGUCCUGCUGGCUGUUGGUGUUCAGCGCUAUAUGCAAAUGACAGGCCUUGACCAAGAUGAAGAACAGAUGAAACUAUUGCCGAUUGAUUUUAAGGCUCGAAACGCAGUAGAACGACGCAAUGUACAUGUUUUAGCACAACCAUUGAGAGGAACAUCGGGGUGCUACCCGAGAGUACACUUGGCGUGGAUUAGAGUGUUUGAUCAAGUGUUGAAUAUGGAUGAGGGUGUAUCGAUUGAAAUUGACGAAGAAUAUGUAAAGGAAGCUUGGACUGUCCUGGUUGAAAACUCGCUUGUUGGUAGUAGCAGUGUUGAAGACAACGCUCCUACUAGUCAUGAACGUCAGGGUCUCGCAUUUAAAUUGUUUGAGCUUCUGGUUUUGAAGCUUCCAACGUCUAUUCUAAGUACUAUCCUAACUCCACGUUUUGUCAAGUGCCUUUACAACAACAGUGUUUUGAAACGAAAUUAUUUGUAUGAAGCUGCGCGUCAUUGUCUCAAAACCUUUGCCAAGUGUGCACCAGGCGAAUUUUUCCACUUUAUUCGCGAGCAAUUUACAUCGCCUCUAUCGAAAUUAGUGAGCUCGACUUCAUUUGAUAGCGAUGACGAAGAUGAAGAGCCUAUGAAAAAGCAGAAACGAAGUGCUGAAGGCUUCGAUGCGUUGCUUGAAUUAGAGGAAAAGAGAGAGCGCGAGGAAGCAAUGAAGCGACGUACUGAUCGAGCUCGUGUGUGGGCAGUGGAUUUAAUGGUUACUGCUCUGUUAGAGCUAUUAAAUAUGAAGGGUGACGCGAAUGGAAAAACCGCUCACGUGCAAGACGAUGUUUUUCGGUUUUUGGUGUUCCAUUCAUUCUUUACACUGUCAAGCGAGACGGAAAUAAAGAAGAAGAGUAAGAAGGCAAAGAAGAAGAAAAUCUCUGAAUUGGAUGAUGUCGCUCAGAAUGCAGCUGCUAUCACGCCUGGUCUUUCAAAAUCCGUAGUAAAUUACAUCAAAAUGCGAUUGUAUGCCCUUUUAAGUUUGGGUCUGACAGGUGCGGAUGGUGCUCGUCCCAGCGCAAGUGUGCUGAGCCGGAUCUUCGCUUUUGCACAAGAAAUGCAACAUUCCUGUGGGAUUAUGAUGUUGCGUGAACCUCUUAGUAAAGAAACCUCAGCGCAGUUGAGUAAACUUGUCAACUGUGUUGAUGCGCUACGAUGCAAGGAAAUGAAGAAGGUAGAAGAGGAAGAGAAGACUGCACAGACAGCAGUACGUCGACCUCUCUGCGAAGCGUUUCUCUUACUGUUCAUGAGCACUGGCCUUCAGCUCUUGGACGCCGAACAGCGCAAAGAUGCUUUAGUUGUCGCAAGUGAUUUAGAAAGUUGCUACGCACAGCUUGAAGCAUCAAAGGAAAAGUCUUCGUUGAAAAAAAAGAACAAGAAAAAUGCGAAAACGGAAGAGAUCGAAAUGGAAUCCGUAGUGGUACUGACCGAUCUCCUGUUGAGUCUGCUGUCGCAAAAUUCAAGUGCACUGCGUGAGAUCGUGUCGCAAGCUUUUCGGUCGCUUGUACCAUUAUUGAACAGCAAAUGCCUUACGACUAUGAUCAAUGUACUGCAGCCACCGUCUGAAGAAGGUAUUGAGGAGGACGACGACGAGUUCGCGCCUAUCACUCCUGGAGAGGACGAAGAAGAAGAGGAAGAAGAUGAAGUGAUGUUGUCUUCGUCUGAUGCUUUGUCAGACGCGCUUCGAAACGAUAAGAAACUCUCGGCUCUUCAUCAGGAAGAUUUGGCACUUGCUGCAAUUGUUGGUCAGGUAAAGGUUCGGUCACAGCGAAAGAAGGAGCAAAAGCUUGCCCGCUUACAGACAAUGCAUUUUCAGCUGCGUGUUGUCGACCUGUUGCAAGUAUUUGUCUCUAAGCGUCCAGAACAGACUGAAGCUGCGAUCACGAAACACAAUACAUUGGUGAUUUCGCUGAUCGUGCCGCUCUUUAGUGCUCUAGCGCGUGUACAGACGGCUGACGAAAAACAGCUCGUACUUCGUGAUCGUCUUCUAGCUGUACUACUCAACAAGAUCCUUCGUGUGAAAGACAAGAUUCCAUCGAGUGUUGAAGCUCAGACUGAAGCACUGAAUGCUCUUCGUCAGCUUAUUGAGCUCAUUCGAACCAGACCAAUGGACAAAAAUUACAGUGGAAAAGUAGCAUCAGCUGCCGUCGUGUACCUCGUUCGUGUCAUUUGCACAGGUGAAGCGGACGAGGCUGUUCAAGGACUUCUCCGUACUGCAGUUUUGGAUGCAUUUACAAAAAAACACUCGCGGUUUCCACGUGCAGCGUUUGAGGAAUUGGUAAACAAAUGCCCAGCCAUUGGUGCACGUGUGCUUUUAGAGCCUCUUGCUGCUGUUGCUGCAGCUACAGAAAAGGAUAAUGCUGAUGAGAAAGAGGUGCGACCAGCAGUGGACGAAUUCUCGAAGUGUGAAGUCUUUCGACUGUUGACAUUCCUGCUUCGUGGCAUAACGAAAGUCCAUCAAAGUGAAGAUGUACCUAAAGCUCAGCAAGAUACGAUUGAACAUGUACAGAAAUCGUUUAAAACGGCAUUAGUGAGGCAAUUUGCUCCUGAAAGUGUGCAUCAACUGAAAGCGAAGCGUUUGAAAGUUGUUUUGACGUUUGCACUGCAACUAAUCAAGUUUUGGCGCCUUCCAAAGAAUCAAAAAGCAACGGAAUCGGACGUUCAAGAUGUGGUAGCAGCAGUGCAGGCUAUGGAUACCAAGUCACCAGCUAUCAAGAGUCUGAUGAAGAAUGUAUUGAUAGCUGCAGGUGUUCCAUUCGUGACCCAAAAUAGUAUUCAGGCAGAUCUAAAGGUAGCAAAUGGUGAAAAUCUUGAAAAGAAGAUCAGUAAAAGUUCCAAGGAAACGCACAAGAAGAAGCGCAAGCGCUCAAUUGGUGAAAUGGUCUAA